AUGUUAUGUAAGCUGUUCCCAGAAAAUGUGCUGUCAGAGGUAGUUCUUUGUUUGAAACUGGCGGCGGCCGGAAACCUCCCCGGUGGUGACGGCGACGUUGCGCCCGGGAUUUUGGAAUGGGAGGAAGUCUCCUUUGAGGACUCCGACCGUUUCGAAGAGGAUUCUCUUUGUAGCUGGAGUUCAGAGCCUGAGAGCCUGUGCAACAACUGGAGAGGGUGGAAAAAGCCUUCCAAUGGCUCGACCAACUUCUUCGGGACGAAUAGGAAGUCUUCAGAAGAUCCACCUAGUGUUGUACCCUCCCUGACAGAAUUAGCAGCAAAAUGUGUGGCGUCUCAUAUUCCGUUCGAGCUAGUGGAGCAUGUAUUCCCACCUGUACCGGAAUUACUUCAGCAGCGAAUUGCAUUCUGGAGUUUUCCGGACAACGAGGAAGAUAUCAGGUUGUAUUCCUGCCUUGCCAAUGGAUCUGCAGAAGAAUUUACGAGGGGCGAAAAUUUGUUCAAAAAUCAUAUGGUCAAAGAGUCUCUGCAAAUUGGUUUCCACCUUUCCGCAAAUGUGUUAAUGCAAUCGCCUCGUGGGGUUCAUAAAGUGGCAAUCACUUUUGACAGAAGAAGGAUUUCAUCAUGUAACUGUACUUGCAACUCUACCGCCUAUUGGUGUUCUCACAUAGUUGCAGUCUGUCUCACUAGGAUUCAUUUGCCGGAUACGGUCAUAUUAAGGGCACCAGUGUCAGAAUCUUUAUCGAGACUCAAACGUGAACAACUUCAGAAAUUUGCACAGUAUCUGAUCAGUGAGCUGCCACAACAAAUUUUGCCAACGGCACAGAAAAUAUUAGAUGAACUGCUUGGAUCUCAGCCGUCAGCUAUAAAUUCUGUAUGUGGAGCCCCCGAUCCUACAGCUGGUGCUUCAGCGAACGAUCAAACGUCUUGGUAUUUGGACGAGAAGGCCCUCCAUGAUAAUAUCAAGAAAAUCCUCAUCAAAUUCUGCGUGCCAGCACCAAUAGUCUUCAGUGAUGUGAAUUACCUGAGUACGGUAGCACCACCUGCAGCAGCAGAAUGGACAUCACUUCUGAGACCCUUACGGGGAAGGGAGCCUGAGGGAAUGUGGAAUUUGCUCAGUAUAGUAAGGGAGAUGUUCAAAAGGAACGACAGAAAUGCAAUACCCCUAUUGGAGAUAAUCACCGAGGAAUGCAUGGCCUGUGAUCAAAUACUGAUGUGGUGGUUCAAUACAAAGGUGGCACUUUUGAGCGGAAACUCCGGAUAUGGCAUUGGCGGUGGCAGUAAGCAUAACAACGUAAAUAGCAAUACUCAUGCCUCACAACAUGCUUGCUCCUCCUUAUGCGACGAAGUUGUUGUACUUUGGAGAUUAGCUGCCCUCAACCCUGGUUUGGCGCCCCAUGAGAGAGACAUGUUGCAUAAUCGCUUCACAACAUGGCAUAUGAAGAUUUUAGAGAAGGUUAGUAAGUUCAGAACAGGAUCGUCUAACCAAUCCUCGAAUAAAAAUAUCUCCCUCAAGAUGGAUUUGGAAGUAUUCACAGGAUUCAAAUCAGCAAUAGAGGCGUGCUAUCUGGACUGGGAUGAUUAUCCAAUGCCUGGGAUUACGUAUACUAACGAUUUGAAUCCUAUGUAUCAUUGUCCUUUCACAUGUUUUCGUCAUAGUAGCGAUAACCAGGACAAUGUCACUCAGGUAAAUUCUAGCAAGGCAGUUUUGAAUUGCGAACAUCCUCAAAGUUCAACACACAUUCACCAUCAUCAUCACCACCACCAUCACCAUAAUCCUUGGUUACGUUACAAUUAUCCGAACGCAAUAAGCAUGAAUCCAGUGGAGUAUCCCGCACAUUCGCAUGGUGGGGGCGCGAGAGAUGGCAACAGAUCAAGUGUCAGUAGUGAAGGAUUUUGCGAGAACGAUGACGAUGUUAAUAUAAUGCGGGAAGCGAGAGAAAACGAACGGUUUGAUUCAGACUCACAAGAGGGUGGUGGUAGCGAUUCAUCUAGCAAUAUUAGCAGGAGGGGCAGAAAGGACGUACGCGAACCAGGAAUCAGUGAUAGCGAUAGAAGUAGUAAUUAUAGAACAAACCCUCCUACCUCAAACGUGGACGAGUGGACUCAAAAUGCCGCUUCCACUUCGAGAAGGCCAUCCAAGGAUGAGUCGACGAGUUCCACUAAUUCCGAGUCGCCACCAUCUGGCGAUGAGUAUAACGUCUACUUCUUUAACGCCAAAGAGCGUGAUACUUUCAGCAACGCGAACCAGAAAUCUGAGAAACAGGAAGAGACGGAUAACAAAGAUACGAUGUUUUCAAGUAUCAAGAAGUGCGACGAUCCUUGGGACGUGUUAUUUUCCAGGGCAGAAGGUUUGCAUGCGCACGGUCACAGUAGGGACGCCUGUAUAUUGGGAGUGAAACUUGCUGAAGAAUUGUUAGCACAUCCACCGGACCUGAUGAUCGAUAUCCCGCCAAUUCCAAAGCGUAAAGGAAAGAAGCAACACAUCAAUCCUGCCACACAUCAGCUGAGCUGUUUAGCUUCGGCUACUUUGGGAAAAUGUGCCUUCCUCUGUUCAGUGUUGGCUGAAAAUCCGGAGUAUUCACAUUUGGCAUUCAAAGUUGGUAUGUUUGGUUUACAAAUGGCAAGACCGCCUGCUAGUACAAAACCUCUAGAAGUGAAACUAGCUAAUCAAGAAUCGGAGUUGGUGAAUCUUCUGAAAAGGAUACCCUUGGGACAUAAAGAGUUGCAAAUAUUGCGAGAUCUAGCGAAUCAGCUGAAAGAGAGUACUCUGAAAUCCAAGGGUGAAGCGAUGCUACCUCUCCUUCUAGCUAAUUUCAUAUUCGAUUCUCUUGUCGUACCAAAUGUUGUUGGUAGGGACCGAUUAAAAAUGAUGAGUUCAAGGCUACCAUCUGAUGAAGUUCUAGGAUUUGAAGCUGCCGUUAAUGCUUUGGGUCUGAAAGCGAAUGUUUCUGAAGCGGAUCAUCCAUUAUUAUGCGAAGGAACCAGAAGGCAAAGAGGAGAUCUGGCUAUAGCGCUCCUAACCUUCUACAAGGACGAUCCCUGGAAAAUAGCUAGAAUAAUGGAUAAGCUGUUGGAUAGGGAAGUUCAUGUACUCUUGAAAUCUCCCAUUGUGAGCUCAUAUUACUCCAACAAUCCUCCCAUAAAAACCCAAUACUCAAACUGGAGAAGGGAAGAUUCCGAUAAGCUUUUGCCUCUGAAUCAGUAUUGUCCACCAGUGGAAAUUUUACAACCAGAUCCGAAUUGUUGCAGUAGACCUCACAGUUCUACUAGCGCGGAAGUCGAACAAGGAAUGGCGUGCCUCAGUCUGAACCAAGCCGGUUCCGUUCCAUCUCAAAACUUAUCUUUGCCGACGAAUAAUCGCAGCAAAGAGAUUCGUUACAAAGGGAAACGAAUCUAUCCGUCGAUACCAAACCAACCGUCUGAAGCGGGCGCGCAUUUCAUGUUCGAAAUGGCGAAAACGGUUCUGAACAAAGCAGGUGGCAGCAGCAGUACGUCGCUGUUUACACAGCCGUCUACUAGUCAAAACCAUCACGGACCGAAUAGGGCACUUCAUAUGUGCGCAUUCCAGUUAGGAUUGUACGCUUUGGGAUUACACAAUUGCGUGAGUCCCAACUGGCUCAGUAGGACGUAUUCUUCGCAUGUGUCCUGGAUUACAGGACAAGCCAUGGAAAUUGGAACCGCUGCAAUUUCUUUCCUUAUUGAAACUUGGGAGGGCCAUCUCACGCCCCCAGAAGCAGCAAGUAUGGCCGAUAGAGCUUCUAGAGGAUGUGAUCCGCAUAUGGUUAGGGCCGCUGCAGAAUUGGCUUUAUCGUGCCUUCCACAUGCCCACGCACUGAAUCCCAACGAAAUUCAAAGAGCAAUACUUCAAUGUAAAGAACAAAGCGACGAAAUGCUAGAACAUGCGUGUCUUACGGUUGAAGGUGCAGCAAAAGGAGGUGGAGUUUACCCAGAAGUCCUGUUUCAAGUCGCGAAAUACUGGUACGAAUUGUAUGUACGUAAGACUCCAGGUGGUGAACAUAUUAUGGAGAACGAAAUACCCCACGACGCAUUGGUGGAUCCUCAUGGAGCCUUAGUGGCGAUUAUUGAGUCUGGUCCUCAAGAAGUGCAGUUACCUCCUCCUACAAAUCCUCCUCCUGUGUUACCGAACAAUUCCGUUGUUGUAACUACUGCCCCGCCACCGUAUCAAGUAGCAACAACUUUAUCUCCUAUGGGAAUGUCCAUUCCAUAUGUUAGUCAUUAUAAUCUUCUUCAUCCUCAACAUCCUCAUCAUGUUAGUUAUGGGGGCCCUAUACACCCUCAGGCAGUACCCAUUCAUCAACCACCUCCCACACAUGUUCCACUAUAUCCAUUUCAAUAUCCACCUCCAGGAACUAGUGCACAAUUUAAUCCAUCAGCGCCUCCUCCUCCAUAUAGCCUACCACCCCCGCCACCUACCACUUUUCCCAUUAACACUUCUACUGUCCCACCAUAUCCAAUUACUGCACCUCCUCCAAACCAAGCUAAUUAUGCCCAAAAUCAGCAAUCGACCUAUAGUAACAUGCCAGCUAAUGGCCCUCCUCCUCAUCAAAUACCUCCAAAUAUUCAGUAUUACGGUACAACAGUAACAAUAUCACAGCCAUCUCCCAAUAUGAAUGUACCUGGUGGUCACAUUUAUCCCUUUUCACUUCCACCUCCUCCCCCGCCGCAAGCUCUCAGGACCACUCACAGACAACCCCAACAGCUGAAUCAGACUCAGCUUAGAUAUUUGCUCACUGCAUACAGAGUUGGAAUGUUGGCACUGGAAACUUUGGCCAGAAGAGUCCAUGAUGACAGACCCCAAGCGAAAUAUGCUAGAAACCCACCUUAUGGAGAAGAUGUUAAAUGGUUGUUGAGGAUUUCGAAGCACCUAGGUACCCAGUAUCUCCAUCAUUUCUGCGUCUGCGCUGUCAAUUCUAUAGUUAGUCCAUUUGUAUUACACGAUGUUGCGAUUGAAGCUGCUCAGUAUCUUUCGAGGAAUAAUCCGAGCCUAGUGAUGCAACAUCUGCGCACAGCUUUGACGCCGUUAGUGCAGAAGUGCCAGCAAAUGUAUAUACAGUGUAUGCAUCAAAAGCUCUAUCAUCUCACAUCUUCGGAUUAUGAUGAUUUUGUGAAUAUCGUUUGCGCUGCUAGAGCGGCAUUCUUGAUCACUCCAGAAGGAAGUACUCAAUUCAAGGAAUGGUUACAGUCUAUUCGAAGAUCAAAAUCUUGCAAGAAGGAUCUCUGGGCGCAAAUUAAUACUGCCUUGCAAGCUAAUACCAAAUGACAAAGGCCAGACAUUGUGGUAGACAACAGCAUGCCUAGCACGAAUCACAUGCAAGUCACAGAGUCUGAAAUCGAUCCUGCUCAGUAUCAUACAUAUUAUCGCACAAUCCAAACCUUACCGGUCAUCAGUUCAGGGCUUCCAUCCGAUGUUGGCAAUGUUUAUGUUAUGAUCCAUCCAGUAGAUGUCAUUCAGUUCCUGCCAAUCGAAGACCAGCCCCCAAAUGAAACCUGGCCGAGACCCAACGUAGAUGAUCCCAACACUAGUUGAUUUGUUGAUUGUGAUUCAUGACUGAAAGCAAUUUUGGUGUUCUCUAUCAUUUAUACAUAUAUGAAAAAAACUGAAGUGCUCAGGUUUAGAACUGUUAAUGCCUUCUUCUUAUUAUUAAGUAAAUUAAUUUUCUCUUGAGUAAGUAGCAAAUUUGAAUUGUUUUCAUACCUACUGGUGUGUAUGUCCCAGUUCAACAUUGAGAAACUUAUUGUGACUUGUGACUAAAUUAAAGUCAACUGUAUUUCUAAAUUCAUUUGUUAGAAUUUUAUACAUAUACUAUUACCAAAAUUAUACAUUUUUUUCUUUAUGUGUUCAUGAAACCUAGAGAGUCGUUCGGAAAAUUAUAUAAAAAACUGUUUUUAUGUGGAAAGGUCUAUUUUUACAAGUUCAGCUUUGAAAUAUUCACCCUACAGGUUGAGUACAAAUAUGUUUCUCUCAGUUAAGGUUAUGUGUCAGAUUGAAAAAAAAAUUAUAUUCAGGAACAACCGAGGCUGAUAUACUCAAAACAUUGAAAACGAAUGUGACAAUUAAACAAUUCAUUAUU